AUGUCGGCGCCAUCGCAAGGCCGAAUCCUCCGCAAAAAGGCUGUCGAGACUCUCCAAAAAGAGCUCACCCCAAAGAUCACCCAACUGCAGGCCUCGGGGCGUAACGACCGUGCCCCUCUUUUAUUGGCACCCGACCGGUUCAGGUCCCGGCGGCUGAUCCAGUCGCCAGCCAUGGUCAGAAUCAGGUUAGGCCUUGAGUGGGCCCUCAAGAAUCCCCGGAGAACAUCCACCAGGGAACCUCUUCCUCCUCCUCGCUUCGUUGGCCAGCCUGGUCCCCCUCAAAGCUUUGCGUGCCUUGAUUACCGAGACCUCGAUCGCACAUGUCCUCGCGAGACCGCCAUUGCCACCAACUAUUCGAUAUCACUGCCAGCCUACCUCAAAACCUGCCUGUCGCGGCAAGUCUGCGCGAAGAGUCCGGGGCUCAGGCUUUCAAGUAAAGCAAUAACCAUGGCGCCCGCAGCGCCAGCUCUGCCCACGCAGUUUCCCUGCUGGUGCAGAGCCGUAUACUCAUGGGGAGGAGAGGGCAAGAAAGAUCUCGGCUUUAUGGAAGGCGAGUUGAUCGAAUGCCUCAACGCUGGAGACGGUUCAUGGUGGACAGGGAGGCUUCGCAGGGACCGUCGCAUGGUCGGGCUGUUUCCAUCCAACUUUGUCGAGCUUCUACCCCCCGACUUCCAUCCCAUGAGCAGAUCGACGAGCCCUUUGACGCAGAGCAACACACCGAGCCCAAAGAACACGCCCCAAAAGUCCAGGACGUUCCGGAAGCCGUUCGAGGCCUACGCGAAGGCACCGCAUUACACCACCGCAAAGCAACCCGAAACUUACAAGGCCGGCGCUGUCCAAGCAAGUCCUGUGCGGUCUCGGGAAACUUCCAAUGUCUCGGCCAACGGGACAGUGGUUGCUGCCUCGGAAUCGACGCGCAGGGCUGCGAGCCCGGCGCCCCACGCUCACAACUACGGCGACCGCCAUCGAGGCGCUAGCCCGGCGCCAUCCAGGAUGUAUGACGAUAGGCAUCGUGCUGCCAGCCCUGCGCCGUCUAGGAUGCAUGACGAUAGGUACCGUGCCGCCAGCCCAGCACCGUCGCGCAUGUACGACGAUAGGAGGAGAGGGCCGAGCCCCUCGCCGAUGCAUAGCCAAGAGGAUAUGAGGAGGGCCGUCAGUCCUGCUCCUAUGCAUAGGCAUGGGGACAUGAGGAGAGCUGCAAGCCCUGCUCCGUUGCGCGGUUACGACGACAGGGGAAGAGAUGCAAGCCCCAACCCCAUGUACCGGUACGACGACCACCAGAGAGCGCCUAGCCCGAAUCCGGCCCACCACUACGACGACCGCAGGAGAGCUCCCAGCCCGAAUCCGGUUCAUCACUACGACGACCGUCGGAGGGCUCCCAGCCCGAACCCGAUCCACCACUAUGAUGACCACCGCAGAGCGCCUAGCCCGAAUCCUCACAGGUACGACGACAUGAGGAGAGCUGCCAGCCCAGGGCCGCUUCAGAGAUAUGAGGACAUGAAGCGUGCUGUCAGCCCAGCGCCAUUCGAGGCCUUUGGAUCAAGAGCGCCAUCCCCUGCACCUUCCGUUGCGUCGUAUAGACCUUACCGACCCCCAGGCUCUUCAGUCGAGCACGUACCGCAAGAUGCGCAGUUUGAUCAAGGAUUCGACGACCUCAACUCGCCGCCGCCUCCGCCACCCCCGCCGCACCGGCAUGUCGCUCCCAAGCAUGGCUCUACUAUGUCACACGACCAGAGGGCGCAUGGCGGUCUUGAGAGACACGGUUCAAAUACGUCGUAUGACUCUCGGGGGAGGCACGGCGCAAGCAUGUCGUAUGACCAAGGUGCACAGCGUGGCUUGGAGAGGCAAGGUUCCAAUAUGUCCCAUGGUCAGCCUUCCAACGGAUACCAUACCCCAAGGAUACCAUCGCCCUGCCCAUCCCCAGGAGGGGGCAGUGGCUUAACACCCUCACCACUACGUGAGGCUAUGGAUGGGGUUAUGGAGCAGUUGGACGCGCUCAACAUCCCUCGGCAGACCGAGUCUCCGGAGCCCGUACUAGAUCCUUGGUCACCCGAGUCUUUUGACAUGGUGUACCAACAAUCUCGGAGAAAACACGUCCGCGCGAAGUCGAGACCACGAACGGCCAUGGGCCUUCCACGGGCCGACUCUGGCUACGAAACGUACAGCGGUGACUCCUCGCAGGAAGGAGGUAUGGAAGAGGCGCGCAACAGUCGGCGCGGCCAAGAAGAAGCUGGGCUUCCGCAGCUGAGCAACUACGUGGAGCGUAUGGAGAGCAGGCUGCGCAGCAUGCACAACCGUGCGCCAAGUGCGGUUGACGACGACACGCCACCUCCUCCACCGCCCAAGGCACUGCAUCACGAGAGACCAAAGUCGUCGAUGGGCGGAAGUGUGCACGGAUCCGAGAUGGACUACAAAUCCAAGCUGCGGCAUAGAAAGUCGGCUUAUGAUAUUGGAAAAGUCCUGGGUCGCACAUUUACCACCAAGACAAACUCAACAAGCGCCUCCUCUGGCAACCAGAGCACAACGACCCAGAGCACCAGCCACAGCCUGAUGAGCGGCGUCUCGGCCGGAGGCAUCAGCGCUACGAGCGCCGGAAGCCUCGCGCGGAAGAACCUACAGCGAAGGGCUCAAAGUGCUAUGAGCAUGCGAGACCCGGAUUUGGAACGGCCCGAAACCCCCUUCACAGGUGUCACUUAUCACAGCAGCCAUGCUUCCGGAGACUCGAGACCAAAGUCGCAGAUGGGGAUCCACGACGAUCCCAUGGCGGGCAUCGGAGGCCUCGGCGGCCUCACGCAGCCCAAGGCAAAGAAGUCCAACUUCUUCAAGAAGAUGCUGGAGUCGGCCAAGACGGGAGUUGCAAGCACGCGAGGCAGCAUUGCAGCGGCUGGGGCGGGCGGCCACUCAUCAAGUCCUAUGGGUCGCUCGAUGCCGAGUGGACUCUCUGGCCUCGCAGGCGGUCUGGUUAGUUCUGGCAGGGACGCUGCCAGGGACAUGAAUCUCAACGCUGGCGUCGACUGGGUCCAGGUUCGCCGCGACGUGAACCGGUCCAACACACUCAGCCGCAACGAGCGCAAUGAGCGCCGUGAACGGUGCAUCAUGAUGGAUUACCCCGCCCUGGACCCCGUGGACGAGCUGUACAGCAGUAUGGAUGGCGACGAGGGCGCCGACGGAAGGCCAGUGCCCGAGCCGACCAACUACGCCUCCAUCAACCUCAGCCAGGUAGAUAAGAACUCACGGUUCAUCAGAGGGCUCCCACCAACCACGACUGCCAUAACACUCGCCACAACCUACGUUUGCCGGCCGUACCGCAGCGACGUGCAGCGUCUCCGAGCCAUCUUCACAUGGGUUGCCGAGAAGAUCAGCUGGGAGGAGGAGUUCGAGGGCCAGAUCGACACGAGGCGCGUCAUCACAAGCAAGCGCGCCUGCGCGGAAGAAUACGCUCUGCUGGUUGUGGAGAUGUGCACAGCAGUAGGCCUGCACUGUGAGGUGGUGCGCGGCUACCUCAAGUCUCCGGGUGAGGUGCCCGAGAUGGGCUUGAUGCCAAGAUCCAACCACUGGUGGAAUGCCGUCGUGGUGGACAACGAGUGGCGCAUGAUGGACUGUUGCCUGGCAAGUCCGUCCAACCCCCGACGCACCCAGUACUCUACCGCCAGUGGCUCAUCGGCGGACCCGUGGUGGUUCCUGGCGCGGCCGAGCGAGAUGUGCUGGACACACAUCCCCGAGCACCACUCGCAGCAGCACAUCUGCCCACCGGUGGCGCACGAGAUCCUCCUCAACCUCCCGUGCGCCUGUCCGCCCUUCUUCCAGUCCGGGAUCCAGAUGAUGGACUACAACACGUCGGUGACGCGCAUCGAGGAUCUCGAGAUGGUGCACGUGCGCUUCAACGUUCCCGACGACAUCGAGGUGGCGGCCGAGGUGGAGGUGCGGGCCUACUCGCGCGACUCAGACGGCGACUACUUUGAGUCGGGCGAGCUGGUCAAGAAGCGGGCGCUCGCGCAGGCGGACUGGGUCGGCGGGCUCAAGCGCUACACAGUCAAGGCACUGCUGCCGGGAGACGAGGGCACUGGUGUGCUCAAGAUCUACGCGGGCAAGCGUGGGCUGAUGCACAGCAUCAAGGACAUCCCACAUCCCGUCGCGUUUGCCCUGCCGGUCCUGCACACGGGCGAGAACCCGCCCUACGAAUUUGUGACAAGGCACCCGACGCCGCACGCGCAGCGCCACGACAUCUAUGUGGUGCAGCCCCAGUGCCAACGGCUGGCGCUGAACAACACGUUUGUGUUUGCAGUCCGGCAGCACCCCAGCUCUCUGGGCACCGGCGGGUCGGCCAUGACGCCGUCCUCGAACCCCAACGGCGCCACGUCGCCCAUACCCUUUGCCCGGCCCGGCUCGGCCAUGAGCAUGACCAGCUCUAGCGCGGCGGGGUCGUCCAACCCGAGCUCGGCCACGGGAGGGGCGGUGGCGGGCAAGAAGCCGGCCAAGCUGGCGAUCCAGACGCCCGGCGGCAAGAUCCUGCGGCUGAUGCGCAAGGAGGAGCGGCGCGGUGGCGCCGUCGGCGUCGGGGGCCGUGGCGCCAGCGGGGCCGGUUCCGAGGAGGACAUGAGCGACGGCGGCACGUGGGCGACCACCAUCAAGUGCAGCGAGAAGGGCGUCUGGCGCGGUCUCGUGCUCGCGGACCGGGCGGCGAGGUGGUGCGUGUUUGCCGAGUGGGUGUGUGACGCCUGA